AUGCAAAGAGCUUUUCUAUUGGCUACCUUGGUAGCUAUGCUUCUUGGAGCAGACGGAGCGAAUGUCGACUGGGUCAGGACGUCACCGUCGGAACAAGGACCUAGCACGUUGUUUGAAACUCAUUCAGCGCCAGCCACCUUCAGAAAGUUACGUCAGGCCCCCGGGGAUGACCACAGUAUCACCCUUCAAAUUGGUCUGCGGAAUACGCGCUUUGAAGAUUCCAUUGACGACCUCUUGGAGCAGAUGUCUGAUCCAGCCCAUCCUAAGUUCCGACCUCAUCUCAACGACAAGGAGUUGGCAGAAUUAAGUCAACCAGAUGACGAGUCCAUCGAAGCCGUCGAAGGAUGGCUCAAAGGCCACGGAUUCGCCAACCACCAGAUGAAAUGGACCGCUCACAAAGAUUGGAUCAGCUUGGAGAAAGUACCAUUGAAGAAGGUCGAAUACAUGCUUGACACGACUUACUCUGUUUAUCAACAUCACGAUGGUGAACAUUUGAUCCGAACUGAGCAAUACAGUCUGCCGAAGAAUCUCCAUUCCCACAUUGAGUUGAUCCAAUUUGGACGCUUACAAAAACAACGCUCCUCCGUAAGAGUAAUCGAAGAGCUGCCUUCAGCCAAGAGUAAAGUGUUACUCGAUCCCGACAUUCCCAACACAUGUACCGACCCAUCAAGUGUAACAAAUGACUGUUUACGACAGCUCUACAAGACUGAUGACUAUAAAGUCCAAGCUUCUCAGUCCAAUAUGAUUGGCAUCACCGGUUACCUGGAGGAAGUAGGCAACUUCAAAGAUGCCGAAAUGUUUUUGAAAAAUCAAAGACAGGACCAGGUGGGUGGGACAUUUGAGGUCGUGUCGGUGAACAACGGCAGAGACAGUCAAGAUUUGGACCAGGAUCAGAUCGACCGCCAGCUCGGUGUUGAGGCAAAUUUGGACACGCAAACUGCUCUAGGGUUUACUUUGCCAACGCGCAACAUCUUCUGGUCUGUUGGAGGCAGCCCGCCGUUCACGCCUGAUUUGACCACCCCUUACAAUACCAACGAGCCGUACAUUGAGUGGUUAACGUACAUACUUGGUCAACCACAGGACCAAAUCCCUAAGGUCAUUAGCACUUCGUACGGCGACAACGAGCAAACUGUUCCGCUCAGCUAUGCGCGUCGAGUGUGUAAAGGCUUUGCAGCUUUGGGAGCCCGCGGCGUGUCGGUAAUCUUUUCGUCGGGUGACUUUGGCGUUGGUAAAACUGGGUUUUGUUACGCCAAUGGAGGAGACCAAACUGAAACCUUCCUGCCAACCUUCCCGGCAACUUGCCCGUAUGUCACAUCUGUCGGUGCUACAGAAAAAUUCUUUCCAGAAGUAGCUGUUUCUGAAAGCGGACCCGGAGGGUUCAACAGUGGAGGCGGUUUUUCGAACUACUUUGCAACACCCAAGUGGCAGAAAAGAGAAGUUGACCGCUAUCUUAACUACCUGGGACCCGACACUUACCAGGGCCUUUACAACCGAACCGGUCGAGGAUUCCCCGAUGUUUCCGCACAGGGUGCCAAAUACGUUAUCGCUUGGCAGCAGUCAUUCUUGACCGUCGGAGGCACAUCCGCAUCGGCACCCACGUUCGCCUCCAUCAUCGCAUUGCUCAACGACUACAGCAUGUCUUUAGGUGGUCCAUCGCUGGGCUACCUCAACCCAUGGCUAUAUGGCACUGGAUACCGUGGAUUGAAUGAUGUCCUCAGCGGCAGCUCUAGUGGAUGCAACACCACCGGAUUUUCAGCCAUCCGAGGCUGGGACCCGGUAACUGGAUUGGGAACCCCUAAUUUCCGCAAGUUGCAGCGUCUAGUUCGACCUUGGAGCAUGGCAAUGGCCAAGCAAAUGGGAUCUUAA